AUGCGUGAGUGUCGGUCGGCGUGGGCGCGCAUGUCGUCCCGCAUGCAGCAGGAGGGGUUCCGUGCGCGCGUCACACGCAUCCUGCAGGCCUGGGCCGACUGGGCCGUCUACCCCACGGACUUCUUGAUGCACAUCAACGACGUGUUCCUUGGACAGAACAAGGAGGGCGAGUCGCGUCAGCUAGAAGCAGACCGUGAGGAGUGUGAGGAGGACGGUAACGCGUCCCCGGGGUCCUCCGCCUCGGGCGCCUCUGGCGGCUCGGGGGGCUCCGGGGGCUCCGGGCCGUUAGACGGAGCCGCGCUCAGGAGACUCGCGGAACAGAGACCGGCACACGUUAACAUGAGGCAGGAGGUUAACGAUGAUAUUGAUGGUGUACCGGUCGACGAAGACAUAGACGGUGUUCCCCUCGACACGGAGGAGUGUUCAGCGGCCGAGGGGACCAACGUGGCUCGCAGUACGGCCGCGUUCGUGCCCUCGCGAUGGGAGAGUGUAGACCCCGCGCCCUCCUCACACUAUAGGGAAGACUCGCCGCGUAAAGACAGUUCUGACGCGGAUCGUUCGAGUCAGUCCACGAGUACGGGUGUCUCGGGUGCUGGCGGUGACUGUGGUGAGGGGGCGCUGAAGAGGGAAACACUGAGGGACAUAGAGGUGCGGGUGUUGAAGUACGCGGACGAACUGGAGGCGGGGCUCAGGCCGGGCAAGGCGGGCCUGGCGCACGCGCAGCAGAUACAACACCACCGGAAGAAACUCAUUAAGAAGGCCCUCCGUGAGGCCAAGGAGGCUCGCGAGGCGGAGGAGCCCUUGUCCCCGGAGGAGGACAGCUACUCCACCAGCUCGAGGAAGUCCAAGAAGUCCCGCGACCCGUCCGCCUCCCCGCCCGGCAAGAGGAGCAGAGCCGGUGAUAGAAAAUCAAGAUCAAAGUCGAGAUCACGUGAACGAGAUAGAGAACGAGAGAGAUCUCGAGAUAGAGAUAGGGAUAGAGAGCGCGAGAGAGAAAGAGACAGAGAUAGAGAACGAGACAGAGACAGAGAUAGAGACAGAGACAGGGAGAGACGGAGACGGUCACCGAGCACGCCGCCCCACCACAGGAAACACGCGAAGCACAAGUUCAAAUCAGCUAAGCUUCUGUUAUUGAGUGAUGAAGCGGCGACGUGUGCAAGCAGUCAGAGUGGACGUGCAGAGACACGACGGACGGCGGACUUACCGGCUGAGAGAGAGAGAGAUGGAGAGAGGGGAUACUAG